UCAUCAGGAAGUGCACAGCCUUCUCCAGUCCGGGAGCAUCCCCACACUCGCAGAGACCCAGACUUCUGGUGUGCUCAUAGCCCAGACAGCAUCCCACUGGCAGGCGGCUCCCACAAGACCCUGAGGCUGACUGCUGCAGACCCAGCAGGGAACAGGAGGUGGGCGCUUCCUCCGCUGCACGUCAGCACCGCCCACAGGGGACAUGUCAGACUACGAGAAUGACGACGAGUGCUGGAGUGCCCUGGAGAGCUUCCGGGUGAAGCUCAUCUCUGUAAUCGACCCCUCACGGAUCACACCCUACCUGCGCCAGUGCAAAGUCCUGAACCCUGAUGACGAGGAGCAGGUGCUCAGUGACCCCAACCUGGUCAUCCGCAAGCGGAAAGUGGGCGUGCUCCUGGACAUCCUGCAGCGGACAGGCCACAAGGGCUAUGUAGCCUUCCUUGAGAGUCUGGAACUCUACUACCCGCAGUUAUACAGGAAAGUCACUGGCAAGGAGCCAGCACGUGUCUUCUCCAUGAUCAUUGAUGCAUCAGGGGAGUCGGGCCUGACGCAGCUGCUGAUGACAGAGGUCAUGAAGCUGCAGAAGAAGGUUCAGGACCUGACGGCACUCCUGAACUCCAAGGACGACUUCAUCAAGGAGCUACGGCUGAAGGACAGCCUUCUGCGGAAACACCAGGAGCGCGUCCAGCGGCUCAAGGAAGAGUGCGAGCUGAGCAGCCGAGAGCUGAAGCGUUGCAAGGAUGAGAACUACGACCUGGCCAAGCGCCUAGCGCAUCUCAGUGAAGAGAAGGGCUCCGCACUCAUGCGCAACCGCGACCUGCAGCUUGAGGUGGACCGGCUCAGGCACAGCCUCAUGAAGGCGGAGGAUGACUGCAAGGUGGAGCGGAAACACACGCUGAAGCUCAGGCACGCCAUGGAGCAGCGGCCUAGCCAGGAGCUGAUGUGGGAGCUGCAGCAGGAAAAGGACCUGUUGCAGGCCCGGGUGCAAGAGUUGGAGGUCUCUGUACAGGAGGGGAAGCUGGACAGGACCAGCCCCUACAUUCAAGUGCUGGAGGAGGACUGGCGCCAGGCCCUGAAGGAGCACCAGGAGCAGGCCAACACUAUCUUCUUCCUACGCAAGGACCUCCGCCAGGCUGAGGCCCUCCGGAUCCGGUGCAUGGAGGAAAGGGAGCUGUUCGAGCUGCAGUGCCAGGCCUUGCGCAAGGACGCCAAGAUGUACAAGGACCGGAUCGAGGCUAUCCUGCAGCAGAUGGAAGAGGUCUCCAUUGAGCGGGACCAGGCUAUGACCUCGAGGGAAGAACUGCACGCACAGUGUGCCCAGAGCUUUCAGGAGAAGGAUGAGCUGCGAAAGCAGGUUCGAGAGCUGAGCGAGAAGGCAGACGAGCUCCAGCUGCAGCUGUUCCAGAGCGAGGGCCGGUUACUGGCCGCUGAGGGCAGGCUCAAACAGCAACAGCUGGACAUGCUCAUCCUGAGCUCUGACUUGGAGGAUACUUCACCCAGGAACUCCCAGGAACUCUCACUGUCUCAGGACCUGGAGGAGGAAACCCAGCUCUCAGACAAAGGUGUCCUGGCAGACAGAGAGAGCCCAGAGCAGCCCUUUGUGACUCAGAGCAAGGAGCCGCUUUCACAAACCCAUGGCAUGGGGCCCAGCAGCAGCGAACCCCCGGAGAAGGAGCGGCGGCGCCUCAAGGAGAGCUUCGAGAACUACCGCAGGAAACGGGCGCUCCGCAAGAUGCAGAACAGCUGGCGACAGGACGAGGGGGACCGCGAGAACACCACUGGCAGCGACAAUACCGACACCGAGGGCUCCUAGCGGGCCGCACCGAGGCCGAGCAUCUGUGUAAAUGUGAAGGGAUGCUGCAUUUUUUUUACUGUAUGCUACACAUGUGUUGUACAAGUGUUGGAAAAUACAGCUAAAUAAAAUGACCAUCAAGCCGAACC